AUGGCGGCCGAAACGAGUGUUCAGGUCUCAGAUCCAGAAGCAGAGUUUCUCAAUUCAAAGCAAGAGACCGGCUACGAGUGGGAGCUUUUCAAGGAGAACGUACGGCCAUUGAAGAGAGGACGCAAUGUCCGUCUUCUCAAUCACGCUCUCAAAUCUCACACCGACCACCAAUUGAGGAAGAAUCUCGUCGAGAAACGAAGGAAGCUGAUUGAGGCAAUCGAUGAGUACGAUGGAGACGACCCUCUCUUUCCAUGGAUCGAGUGUAUAAAAUGGGUGCAAGAAGCAUUUCCACCAGGAGGAGAAUGCUCGGGGCUGUUAGUGAUAUACGAGCAAUGCGUUCGCAAGUUUUGGCACUCGGAGCGUUACAAGGAUGAUCUUCGUUACCUCAAAGUUUGGUUGGAAUAUGCUGAGCAUUGCGCUGAUGCAGAAGUGAUUUACAAGUUCUUGGAGGUGAAUGAGAUUGGGAAGACGCAUUCUGUGUACUACAUACCUUAUGCUUUGCACAUGGAGUUUAAGGGGAAAGUGAAAACUGCUAAUGAGAUCUUCAAUCUUGGACUCUCUAGAAAUGCGAAGCCGAUGGAGAAGCUGAAUGAUGCGUACAAGAAGUUCAUGGUGAGAACUAUGACAAGGCCUAAAGCAGCUGAUGAACAGGAACAAAAGGAGAAUGAUUUACCGUCAAGAAGCUUUGGCACUCUAUUGUCCAGAGGAGAUAACAAUACAGGAAGGCAAGCGUUAGGACCACAGUCGAAGAAACUAAAGCCGAAUCAAUCAUCAAAGACAGCUUUUCCUAUCUACACGGACACUACUACAUCGGGGGAUCAGCCAGAGGCAGACAAGACAAAGCCAGAGUUUGGUAGCUGGCUAAUGCUUGGAGGCAGAGCAGAGAGGAACAAAGAAAACAAUUCUUUACCUGGAAAAUGGACAUCAUUCAAGGUUCCUCAGAAACCCAUUGUGAGAACUGCAGCAGCUUCUUUAUCAUCUGCUGCUUCCUCCUUUGAGGUUUUUGUCGAUGAAGAAUGUACAGAAGAGGGAGGAGAAGAGAAGAAGAAGACUGAAACAAUCUCAUCAUCAUCAUCAACAAAUGGUGUGCCCCUUAACGAUGGCCGUGAGAUUAAGAAAGAAACAGAGCUGCUGCGACAGAACCCUUUGAGACAUUUCCCACCAAACAGCUUCCUACGAUGA